AUUAUUAUUAUUAUUAUUAUUUAUUUUCUUUUGUCUGGUACUGUUGGCCUAAAUUCAGAAUUCCUAAAUUCAUGUACAGUAUAUUGUGUAAGUAACCUCUGCUAAUUAGCAUGCAUCAGCUCAGUACAGCUACGGUAUAUAAAACAUUUGUUAUUUUAUAAAGUAUAGGCCUAGCCCUUAUUGUUUAUGCUAAUAAAGUGUUUAAAGAAGGUUUAUUGCAUGGACGACCGAGAUAUUCGUUUAGUAAUAAACGUAUUAAUGUCACUAAUUUUAACCUUUGUUAUUUUUUUUCUAAAAUGAUGUGUUGUGCUCUUAUUUAUUGUUUCAUUUAGUAAUGAAAAUAAUUACGAGAGUGCGCCCUCUGUAAAGAGGUUGACAUAGUCACGUCCAGAGCAUACUUGAAUUGCAAAGUUUAGCUGAGAAUAGGUUCAAUUUCGUUGAUUGUUUUGUUGAUUUGAGAGACCAGAAUUUUUCGAACGUCGUUUGAAAUAAACGUCAUUAUUAUUAUAAAUCAACAAAGAGUGAGCCUGAGUAUUUGAGUAUCGACGAAACAUUCGAAAAAUUCAGUGUUCUGGAAGAUAGUGUUUCAAAGCAUUCAAGAGAAUUUCCGCAUUUCGGAGAGUGUAUUGCAGUCAUUCGAAGAGUUAUUACAGUAUUUCGAAGAGUUUGGUGCUGCUUUCCAAAAAUUAACAGUGACAGACUUGUUCCAGUAUUAAAAACAUGACAGAGAACCAAAAGAAAAAAGAACUAAAGCUUGUGAGAAGGAAUAAGAAGGGAACCCUUACGAGAGCACUAAAAGUGUUGAGAAACCAGCAAAAGGAAGAAUUAAUUAUCCAAGACUUCAAAGAUAGAGUUCAAAAAGUAGAGAAAUUGUUUGAAGCAAUUGAGGAGAGCCACGGUGAGCUUGAUUGAAGAUGAAGAGGAAUUCCUAGAGGAAGAACAAUGGAUGGAAAGGUGCCAAACAGAGUUUAUGGCAGAGAUGAAUGCGAUGAAAAUUAAUAUGACAGACCAAGGGAAUCAGUCGAAGCAAACUACAAGUGCUCAAGCAGUUAGUAGCAGUAGCAGUGGAGAUGAAACCGACGUUAAAGUUAAAACGGAUGGAGUUACCAGUGUUUGACGGAGAUGUGAAGAAGUACAGUAGAUUUAAAGAAGAUUUUACCAAAUUUGUUCAGCCAUCCACACAUCCGGAUCAGUUAGCAUUUGCCCUCAGGCAAGCAUUAAGUAGGGACCCCUUGAGAAUUAUAGGACCGGUGGAGGACGAAUACGAGAAGAUGUGGUUGAGGCUAGACGAGAGAUUCGGGUGUGAAAGAAAAUUAGUAGAAGCAAUAAUCAAGGAGGUGGAAAACAAGAAGGAAGUAAGAGAAGGUGAUGGAAAGAAAUUAAUAGAAUUCAUUGACGUAGUAGAAAGCAGUUACAGAGCCUUAGUGAAAAUCAAGCAAGAAAGUGAAAUGUCAAAUAUGAAGGUUCUUGGUGAGAUCGAGAGAAAGCUACCUGAUACGGUGUUCCAGAGAUGGGUGAGAGAUAGAAUAAAGACCGAAGAUAAAAAGGCAGAGAAGGAAGAUGUAAUAGUGAUGUUGAUUGAGUUUUUGAAGACGGAAAGAAAGAGAGUUGAGUAUACUAUGGAAACUAUGAGACGUAACAAUUCGAGCCGUCAACAAAUACCUAAAUCGUCUGCGGCCCUGGCGGCGGAUGUUCAAAGAGUACCACAACAACUCUGUUUAAUACAUGAUGGUGCCAGACAUAACACAGAGGAGUGCAAGUCUUACAUGGCACUCAAAAUUGAAGAUAGAGUAAGCAUACUAAAGGACAAGAGGGCAUGUUUCUGCUGCCUAAAGACAGGACAUAUUUUUGCAAGAUGCUGGAAGAAGAGGCCGUGUGGAAAGAAUGGCUGUACACGGGUGCAUCAUCCUUCCAUACAUUUUUUGGUAGGAGACCAGAAGAGCCAGCAGUCAGGAACAAUGGCCACCAUACAAAACAACAUGCACAACAAUGAGGUUGGCGCUAGUUACAAAGGGCACAUGUUAAAUGAUUAUUGGUCUAAAGGCCCGGACCUGAACAACAACUUACUAGCAGUUUUGCUGAGAUUCAGGGGUGAGCAAGUAGCUCUAGUUGGUGACAUCCGGAAGAUGUUUCACUCCAUUAGUAUAUCCUUAAUUGAUCAGCAUUGCCAUAGACUCUUGUGGAGAGGGCUUGAAACAGAGAAACCACCAAAAACUUACUGUGUAACGGCAGUAAAUUUUGGCGACAAGCCAUCAUCCACCAUAGCUAUCGCAGCAUUACGAAAAACAGCGGAAGUGAGUAGAGAGAAAGCUCCUGAAGCUGCAGAUACUAUACUAAACAACGUCUACAUGGAUGACGUGUUGCAGUGUGUAGAGACAAGAGAAAUGGCUGAAAGGCUGACAAAGGAAGUGGAUUGUCUGCUAAAACCUGGAAACUUUUGUAUAAAGAAGUGGAUAAUAUCUGGAGAGGAGGUGGUGGGGAAAAGCAAGACCGAUCUUUGGAGACGAAGAAGGUAUUAG